AUGGAGGCCAAGGUCCGCCCGAGCCGGCGCUCGCGUGCGCGCAGCGUGACUGUGGCCGGCGCCGGGAGGCCGCCCGCGACGCCCGCGCCCAGAGCCCGUCGUCGGGCUACGAGCCCGAGCCCAGCCCCGGCAAGUAGAACGCAGGCCUCCGCGGCGCGCCGCCGCCGCCGCCGCCGCGAGUCCAGCUCGCAGGAGGAGGAGGUCAUCGACGGCUUCGCCAUCGCCAGCUUCAGCACCCUGGAGGCCCUGGAGAAGGAUAUGGCCCUGAAGCCACUUGAGCGGAAGGAGAAGUGGGAGCGUCGUCUCAUCAAGAAGCCCCGGGAGUUGGAAACCUGCCCCCCUGUGGAGCCCAGUGAGAACAGGCGGCCCCUGGAAGCAGGCAGCCCCGGGCAGGACCUCCAGCCCGCCUGCGAUGGGGCGAGGAAGGUCCCACUGCAGCCCUCCAAGCAGGUGUGCUCCCCAGAAGGGGAGCCAGCCACUGGGACCAGAACGGCCCGGCCCCGCGCCAGCAACAGCUCCAGCCCAGCCAGCCCCAGGGGUCCCUCCCAGCCCCGUCGGCACUCCUGGACCCCGGGCAGCCCUGCCAGCCCUCCCAGCGACCACUCCUGGCCCUGCCGGCCCCAGCGGCUCCUUCCAUCCCCAGAUCAGCUCUGCCAGCCCCAGCGGUCACGCCCGGCCCAGCCCUGCCGGCCGCAUUGGGCACUUCCAGGCCCCAGGCAGUGCUGCAGGCGCCUGCGGUCCCUGCUGACCCCGUGUCACCACUGCCGGCGCCUGCGAUCCCUCCUGGCCCCACGGUCCCUCCUGGUCCCCUGCCUCUACUGCCGGCGCCUGCGGUUCCUCCUGGCCCCAAGGCACCGCUGCAGGCGCCUGUGGUCCCUGCUGACACUGUGGCACCGCUGCCGGACCCUGCGGCCAUGGGCCAGCCCGUGUCACUGUGGCCAGCCCAGUAGGGCAUCCUCAGGACAGUGCAGCCGGCCCCUGUGGUGGCUGCUAGCCCAGUGCCAGCGGUGCCAGCCCCCGUGGCCACUCCUCACCCUCCGACCACGCCGACGGCCCGCCAGCUUCCUCCCAGGACAGUACUGCUGCCUCCGGCGGGCCUUCCUAGCCCCGUGUCAGUACGGCCAGCCCCGAAGGUCCCUGCUGGGCCAGCCCAGCCGCCCCCGGCGGUCGCCGGCGCCCAGGCAGCCCCAGCCAUUAGUGGAAGCCCCAGAGCAGCCCGGCCCACUCACGCCUUCACUCCUGGGCCCGGGACGGCCGAGGCAGCAGAAGCAGCCGCUCAUGGGCCCAAAGCAGCCCUGCCCACCCAAGCGGCCGCUCAUGGGCCCAGAGCAGCCCUGCCAGCCCCUGCGGCCGCUCAUGGGCCCCAACAAGCCCUGCAAACCCCAGCCGUUGCUCCCCAUUCCCGAUCGCCCUUCGCUCCUGGGGCAGCCGGGCCCACCCUGCCGGCCUCUCCUGGGGCUCCUGUUCCAGCCGCGGUGGUCCCUGUUGGAUCUGGUGCCGGCCUGUCAGCCCCGGCUCUCGCUCCUGGCCCUGGGCCAUCCCUGCCGGCCCCUGAGGUCACGGUGGACCCGAUCCUGUGCCCCCGGGAUGGCCCGUGAGGCCCCAUCUGUGAGCCCUGGAGCCUGA